AUGGGACUCAAGGACAUAUUCCAUUUGGCCCGAGUGCCCUCCAUCCUCAUGCUCGGCUUGGUUUAUGUGCUCUACGUCCUGAUCGGCGGGGUGGUGUUUUGGAAGCUGGAGGGAGAUCUCGGACAAAAGGACAUCAGUCUUUUGUUGUUGAGCAAACAAAAGGUGUUGUCGACGUACACGUGUCUGGACCAGGAUGGCCUUGAGAAAGUGGCUCAGGUUGUCCAAGAUUCAUCAAAAGCCGGCCUGAGUUUGAAAGCCAACAGCACCACAGAUGGAUUCUGGAAAUUCACCAGCUCAGCUGUGUUUGCCGCCACCGUGGUCACAACGAUAGGUUACGGAAACAUGAGUCCCAGCUCCACUGCUGGUCAGAUCUUCUGUGUGUUCUUCGCCCUUUUUGGCAUCCCGCUCAACAUGGUGGUGCUCAACAGGGUGGGCAAGUACAUGCUUGUAAUGGAGAGAAACAUCUCCAACUACCUGGAAGGGAAGACUGGCAGACGGACAUGCACACGCUUCUUCGUCCACCUGGUGUCCUACCUGUCUGGAGCGCUCCUCUUUUUAUUUGUACCCAUGAUCGUGUUCCAGCUCCAUGAAGGUUGGACCUACUCACAAGCCAUCUACUACUGCUUCAUCACCCUAAGCACCAUCGGCUUUGGAGACUUGGUGGCCGACAAUAACCCAGACCAAGUGUACCCAGAGUGGUACAGCGUCCUCAUGGCCUCCUGGAUCUUCUUCGGCCUGGCCUGGCUGGCACUCGUCAUCAACCACUCCAUUGACAUGCUGGAGCGGCUCAACAUGCACCUCAAACAGUGGUGGGGGGGGCAUGAGCAGGAGGAACAGUCAGGUGGUGUGGGGAGCGACAACCCUGACUCACACGUGGAGGAGCAAGAGGAGGUCAAUCGGCCACCUUCAAAGCAGUAA